GGCUUAGCCACUGAACGUUAAGCGGUGGGGGGCUCAAACAAGCUCUCGAAACUGUCAUGGCCUACGUUGACAGCAUGUGUGAAAACGCACGGUUUCAGUCUAUCAACGGACUUCAUUACCGUCUAAGUUGGCCGUGAAAACGCGUGCGAGUUUUUCGUAGCGGAAAAAUCGCGAUCGGCCCGUUGAAAACCGCACGUCAACGAGAGAUUCUCAUCGUUUUAUACCCGUUCGCUAACUAUUUAUUUGAUAAAAGUUUUACGGAGUAUCGUAAAUUUCGGUAACGCGAGAUGGAGUGAGAUAUGUUUUGAACUUUGGAAUGCCGUCUGUGCUUUGUUUUCAUUUUGUUAAGUUGGAAUGUUGAUUUGACAGCGCAUCCAAAUGCUCCAAAUGCAUCAUCAGAGGCAGCAGCAAUACGGUAUCGGUCAAAAAGAAAUAAUGACACCGCUAGAUACUGCGGCGUCGUAUCCCUCGCAUUUCGGUGCUUAUGGUACUGCUGACAUUGGAUCAUGGUCGUACAGUUCCGGGGUGACGCCCAUGAAGCAGAUCGAAGCUUGUCUACAAAGUGCCGGUAAAGAUAGGAAAGCUUACUCUCCUCUAGAUCAAGCCGAUGCAGCGUCUUUAGAAGAUGAAAGCAGAACUACAGAAAACAACAAUAGAACUAAUACUCACAACAAAAAUCAUAGUAGUAUUAAUUCUGUAGCACCACCUUUGACGAAUGCCGGCGCCAUUUUGGAAAUGAAGCAUCUGUGGGACGAAUUUCAUUCUUUAGGAACGGAAAUGAUCGUUACAAAAGCAGGAAGAAGGAUGUUUCCGACGUUCCAAGUGAAACUGUGCGGUUUGGAUUUACAUGCAGAGUAUAUGCUGAUGAUGGAUUUCGUGCCUGUGGAUGACAAGAGGUACCGGUACGCCUUCCACAGUUCCAGUUGGGUGAUUGCUGGCAAGGCGGAUCCUGUAUCUCCCCCAAGAAUACAUGUCCAUCCUGACAGUCCGGCUACAGGGGCACAAUGGAUGAAACAAACUGUAUCUUUUGACAAACUCAAAUUAACCAAUAAUCAACUGGAUGAUAAUGGACAUAUCAUUCUGAAUUCUAUGCAUCGAUAUCAACCGAGGUUCCACAUAGUGUAUUUGCCUCCAAAAAAUAGAAGCACCGCCGAAGAAGAGUGCGGUGAUAAUUUUAAAACUUUCGUUUUUCCUGAGACUUCCUUUACGGCUGUUACUGCGUACCAAAAUCAUAGGAUCACGCAACUGAAAAUAGCAAGUAAUCCAUUCGCCAAAGGAUUCCGAGACUGUGAUCCAGACGAUGGUGUGGAUGUAUCAAGUCAAAGCAGUACGGCGCAAAGACUGAAAGCAUCUUCUAGAUCUACACCAAACAGUAUAGGAGGGUCUAAAGACGAAGAAACUCAAGAUCAAGUGCCCCCCCAUCAACCAAUGGAGUCCACCCCUUCCACGCACCCUUCGAUGUUGUUCCAGAACCGUUUCCAGACCACGACGCAACCGCCAUCUCUUUUGCACCAACCCAACCUUAUCACAGCAGGUCUCGGUCCAAUCACUCAACCAUAUUCAGGGGAAUUGUGCAAUUACGGGCCUGUCUACCAUUCGCACAAUCUGCUUCACAAUUACAAUUCCGUGUAUACUAAUGAAAAAGGAAUGAGGAAUCCAAACUUUGGAAGGCCCAUGUAUGGGAAUUAUACGGGGUUCUAUGGAAAUAACGGGAAUUUUAGAAGCGCUGGGUUGCAUCAGAAUGGUUAUGAUUUUGGACCGCGAUAGUGGGAUUAGUCACUGAAAUAUAUCGGUGUUUGAAGUUGAUUCUCACCAUUGGGUUCUUGGAAAUAUCAAAAAAUUUGUGGUUCAGCGCUGCCAGAUCUACCAUUCUUACGGUAAAUCUACCGAUUAUCAUCUUUGGCUAUUGAUUUACCGUAGAUCCCUUAAUUUCUACUUUUUACUGUACAAAUUUCGGUGAUCUACACCCAUCUCCUUAUACGUCCAAAUCUACCACUUAAUAAUAAAAUAUAGUAGAGGAGCCCGAUAUGGAAUUUUGGGGAUUCUUUCGAUAGCGGCAGAUUAAGAUAAGAAGUGAUAUUUGCACCCUGUUUAGUACCUUCGCCAAAUAUAAGCCCCUUAUAUAGGGGGUUCGUCUAUGACAACCGAUGAGAAUGGGAAAAAAUCGAUGGUUAUAAAUACUUGUAAACGUCAGACUAAAAUAAGGUGGGUAAACUAGAUGCUGAAAACUGUGUGGUCACAAACCAGAAAAAAACUAACGACACGCGGUUUUCACUAAAAAAAUAUUUCAUGUGGAACAAAACAGCAUUUCUAAUUAUGAGGCUAGAGUUACACCUCGUCUAAACAACCAGUCAGACGAGAAAAGGCCUUCACUAUUAGUCGAAGACGUGCUGUCAUUAAUAAGCUUCUGAUCCCGCUAACAACGGGAAAAUUAAAUGAUAAAAGUCAGAUGUAUAUUUUGCUCAAAAUACGAAAUAACUUGGCAAUCGUUUUCGUUGCGUGCACGGCGUGAUGCUGCAUCAUUGUGGUGGAUACUGUCAACUGUGCAAUGGGUAACAAACUCUAACUGGUUAAUGUGCGGUGAUGUCGUCACUGACACACCGCUAUAGGAGAAAUAUUUAUAUAUAUUUUGGAUAUCAGGAGUACGUACCACUUCGGUGUUCUGCGAUGCUUUUGUAAAUCAUGUCUUAAUUGUUCUUAAAUCUACACAUUCAUUUUUCUGAAUCUUAUGAUCCUUUAAUGUACCACCCAUUUCGCCUAAUCUUGAAUAUGUGUUACUUCGUCUAUGAUGGUUUUCUGAAUAUUUCGUCAAGUAGACUGACUCAGCACUUAUGACGCAUUGAUAUACAACAGACACGGACAUAAAUGAGAACCACGAACUUGUGUGAUCUAGAAUGCUUUGAACAACAGAAAACUUGUGAACCGGAGCUUGAAUAUUAUCGCGAAUUUAAUAUUACUAUCAUUUAGCUAGUUGUAGAUUUUGAAAAUUGAUUCAGAGGUGGCAGGAAAUUGUAUGUUAGAAGCUGUAUGCGGUAAAUGGUUCUAAAUUGUUGCAUAUUUUGUGGCAGCGACAGACCUUCUGCUAUUAAGAAGCUGCUGAUCUCAAUAAUACUAUGCGCCUGUUAGACAUAAGUUACACAUAUUUACCCUACAUCUGUCAGGGAGACAGACAUAUGCUAGAUGUGCUUCAAACAGGUUGAUAUGCAGAGGUCGAAGAGUAAUCGUACUUAAGUGAACCUACCUAAUCAAGAUUCGAUUUCGCCUUUUAAAAGGAUUUGACUCAUCCAUUUUCUUUGAAGUCUACAACAAAGGCGUAGAAAUAUAGUCAAUUUACUACUGUUUCCAGCACCAAACAAAACACUCAAACUUCGCCUAGAUCUACAUUGCUAAAUUAAAGACAAGACCUUUUGUAUAUAAUAAAUAUUUUUCAAAUGGCGAAAGUCAUAUCGAAACAGUCGGUAUAUCAAAUAUUAGUCUUUUCUGGGAAAAAAGAAAAAAAAACAUAUUUAAAGAUGCAUCUGUAAAAGAUGGUACUGGAUACAUGAGUAAACCGUAUGAGAUCUAUCCUGUAUUCUUGUAUUUUCUAAAAUAUGCUAUUAAGAUGAACUUACCUAAUUUUAUAUAAUUGGAGAGGUGUAGUUAUUUAAUUUUUCGAAAUGUCAUUCUAGACGUAAGAAAGCUGAAUCUCAGGUGACUAUACACAAAUUUACCAUGACUAAAUAAUGUUAGUACGUACCAAAAAUGGAAACCAUAGUGCCAAAGAAAUGUAGUGCCAUUGAUUCAUAGAUAUCAUGUAUGUAUGUUACUAUAGAACCG